AUAAGUAACAAAUGAAUAUGAUGAGAGGACAGAACGGGAACGGAUGUUGUUCGUUUUUGUUGCUACUGGGGAAUGUUUUCUAAGACGCACCGGAAACAGCGUGGGGUUAUUGAAGCAUUCUCAAGAUCUUUUGAACUUAGCGAAUGACCCUUCAGCAAACAUCAUAGCACCAUUCACCAACUAGAGAAGAUGUUGAGAAAUGCCUCCGCACAGAUACUUAAACAGUUUGUCCGACACAGGACCACAGAUACAAGUCUGAUCUUGGAGAGAUCUAUUAACAAAGUGCAGCUUCUUGGGCGAGUGGGGCAAGACCCCGUCAUGAGACAGGUGGAGGGCAGAAACCCUGUCACCAUCUUCUCCAUGGCAACAAACGAGAUGUGGCGGUCCGGGGAGGGAGAGCCCACAGCUACAGGAGAUGUCACCCAGAAAACAACAUGGCACAGAAUUUCAGUAUUCAAACCAGGCCUCAGAGACGUGGCGUAUCAGUAUGUAAAGAAAGGGUCUCGAAUUCUUGUGGAAGGAAAGCUUGAUUAUGGAGAGUACACGGAUAAAAACAACGUCAGGCGACAGGCAACAACUAUUAUCGCAGAUAAUAUUGUGUUUUUAAGUGAAAACCUGCGAGACCAGUAGUGAAGACGCCUUCCCAGACUUUAGGAACCAAGAGGAUAUUUUGUAUAGCGUUAUUCUGCUCACUGACAUUAACUCUGAGUAUCUUUGUGCCUGCCCUUAAAGGGUUAGUUCACCCAAAAAUGAAAAUUCUGUCAUUAAUUACUCACCCUCAUGCCGUUUUAUACCCGUAAGACCUUCGUUGAUCUUCGCAACACAAAUUAAGAUAUUUUU